ACACAAAUCUCAGAAACCCUAAAAAUCUAUUUUCAGAUAAUUCCCUUGGAGAGAAAUGAUGAGAGAGAUGGGGGAAGGUGGGGCGUUCGCAGGGAAAGCAAGAUUGACGGAAUUAGUGAAGAAAUUCGAGAUGGUCGCCGGCACCACAGCCACCACCAGCACCAGAAGCAAGAGAGUAUCCACCGUUUCACAGAAGAAGGAAGAAUGCGACGAUCGAGUUCCUUCCAUAUAAGUUCGCACAACAACGGAAAGUUUAACGGCCGCCGCCUGGUUCUUACUUAAGGCAGGAGGACCACCAGAGCACGGAGUAACCCUAAGUCCCGUUUUCACCGAAGAACCCGUCGUUUUGCGUGGUUAUUCUGGCUGCGCAGCAGUGGGCUCCAACAUAUACUUGAUGGGCGCUCACGAUCCACUCCCCUACCACGAAUACACGCCUGAGCAACUGAGCGACGUGUAUUGGAUCGACACCUCUCAUCCCGAACUAGGGUGGAACAAGUUAGACAGUUCCCUGAAUCAUCCCAGGACCUCUGCGCACGUCGUUUUCGACGGAAAACGUCUAUACGCUAUGGGGUGUUGUUUCUCUGACGAUACUCGUAGACCUUAUCCGUACGACGCAGAAUUGAAGCCCGAGGUUUACGUCGUGUCCUACGGCGGCGGCGACGGUGGUGGUUCUUGGCACGUGUUGAAAGAUCCUCCGAUCGGAUCAGACAGAGCUGUAGAUGUGCCUGGUAGAAUGGACGGGCACGCGGUCCUCGACCUUGAAGACGACGGUGGCAAGAAGAAGCGGAGGAUUGUCGUAAUGCAUUCUUUUGGUUACGAACAACUGUAUUCGUACGAUGUUGAUGCUGAUUCUUGGGAUGUUUACCACCACCACUUCCAGCCGUGGACUUACGCGUCCGCGUUUGUAGACGGGAUCCUUUACUAUAUGGACCACGACCAUCUCGGGGUUAUGUUUGGCCUGGAUCUCAACAAGCCAAACAACCAGCCUAAGAGAGUGGUUUUAAAAAAGAAUUUUAAGGAGAACAAGAAUCGCCGCUGGAUACCCCAAGAUAUCCCUGGCCCCCCUCCCUAUAAUAUGCCGCCUCCGCCGGAGCCAUUUUUAGUCUCACUGGGAAGCUGAAAGUUGGCUGCUCUCUGGAUAGAAGAAGGAAGUGGUGUGCCUGACCAUAUCAGUGUUUAUUGCUCCAUAAUCAAGAUGUCUCAGGAGCUAGACUGCAACGGCAGAGUUAACUUCGUGGCCAAUCCUCUUUCUUCCUCUAGCUACCAUAUCCGGGCCUGCACUAUCUUUAACUGUCUUGCAGUUUUUCCACCUGAAACAAGGCAGGGGACACUAGAGAAUGCCACCGCAGUUGCAGCCCAGCGGAAGCAAUGAGCGUAGGGUUUGUUGCCUUCCUCGUUUUUAUGGAAUGUUAGCUUUUUACAUCCCUCUCUCCUCGUACAUUAGAUUGUUCUUUUUGGAUUACUACCUUGCCUCCUUUUUUGCCUUUGAGGAACUGUACCUCAGUGCACUUGCUUGGUUUUUAGGAACAUGUUGUCUCCUCAAGACGCAAGGAAAUUUUGGAGAUUUUUUUUAGCCUUUAUUUUGGGAAAUGUUUCCCUUCUGUGUGUUAUUACUUGUUACGCUGUUUGUGACUAAUUGUCACUCCUUUUAGUGCUUGGUGUCGGACAUUCUUAUGGUGAAAUCAAUGGGGAUAUGACGGUACCUUAGCAUUCCGCCGCAUUGUGUGCUGGGACUAUUAGUUUUCUUGUUUUUGGAAGUUAAAGUAGAGGCUCCAUUGGUGGUUGUUAAACACAUUUUUGGAAUUGGAUGUUAAACGUAGUUUCUGGCAACGGGCAUUUCAGAAUACUUGUUAUUUGUCUCCCUAUAAGCGUUUUAAGAUAUAGCUUUCUUGUUUUUGUAAUAAACCAGCCAGGCUAGUUGGAUGUCAAACGCAACUGAUGGUUUGUC